GAUAACGCUGCGUUUGACGUAAAAAUCGUCACUCAGUAUAAAAGCUAAGUCCCGCCCUUUCAAGCUCAUUCCUGGAUUUGGUCAGAGGUUUGAAUCUGCUUCGCCGAAGACUGAACCGUCGAGGACUUUGAACAUCUCUGCUCUAAUUCAUAUUUUUUCUUCAAGUAAUGGACAUUUUAUGCCUAUUUUUGCCUCCAGUUUGUUCCUGAAGGAAAGAAAGACUAGCCUUUAGCUCUCACAGCCCCACCCAUAAGAAGUCUUUAAGUUGAAAUUAAAACCAUGAAGUUUAUGAUAUAAAGUAGUUAAGUGAGAGAAAUAAGUGCCCGAAAAGCACAGAUCAUUAAAGCCGAGACGCUGAGGACCUUUAGAAAUCAUAGUGUGUCUUUCAGGUAUGGCGGGGGGGCCUGUGGACCCCAGAGAGAUCCUGACAGGGGUGGAGGCUCUGCUAGGGAAGGAUGGCGAGCUGCGGAGCCUGGAGGGAGUCCCAAAGGUGUUCAGUUUGAUGAAAGCUUCCACUAAGAUGGUAAGCAGGUGUAUGUAUCUAAACAUCCUGCUGCAGACCAAGUCACAUGACAUCCUAAACAGGUUCAUCAGGGUGGGUGGGUACCGACUGUUAAACGCGUGGCUCACCUACUCAAAGACGACCAACAACACGCCAUUGCUGCAGCUCAUCCUGCUCACACUGCAGAAACUUCCUCUCACUGUAGACCACCUCAAACUGAAUAACACGGCAAAACUGGUGAAGCAGCUGAGUAAAAGUGCAGACACUGAAGAUCUGAGAAAGUUGGCGUUGGUGCUGGUCGAUGGCUGGAUGGCGACCAUUCGCUCACAGAGCGUGUCAAGCAGCGGCAGCUCUCCUGCUGAUAAGAAAAAGAAGAAGGAGGAGAGCCGGGCACCAGUGAGGGAGGUGAAAGAGAGGAGCUCAGAGGAGGAGAAGAAGAAGGAGAAACCCAAAGCUCACGCUCCCAGCCACGCCAAGAUCCGCUCCAUCGGAUUGGAGAUGGACACCCCUAACCCCGCCCCUCCCAAGAAGACACCCACUCCCCCUCAGCUGGGAGACAAGUACAACAUCAAACCACCUGUGCUCAAGAGACCAAGUUCGGGCCCCUCUGACGCCCCCCCUCUGGAGAAGAAGUACAAACCUCUGAACACGCCAUCGAACUCAGCCAAAGAGAUCAAAGUGAAGAUCAUCCCGGCUCAGCCCAUGGAGUGCACUGGCUUCCUGGAUGCUCUAAACUCUGCCCCUGUACCUGGGAUAAAGAUAAAGAAGAAGAAACCUGGACAAGGUCCUGCAACGGGGAGCAAGGUGGUCUCCCCAACCUCCAACAAGGGGAGUCCUUUUGACAGUAAACCGUCCUCGUAUUCUUCUUCUACCAAACCGUCCUCACCUGAAGCCGCAUCUUCCUCAGCUCCACCUGAUGAUAACCAUGACAUGGAUCCGCCCGGGACCCCGGUCCCCUCUGAAGAUCCUGAACCCUCAGACAGUGGUGAGAAGCCCAAUGCUCUGUCAGAGCCUAGAGGAGAAGAAGAACAGCUGACAAAGAAAGGGAAGAAGAAGAAAACGGUGCACUGGGCUGAGGAGGAGCAGCUCAAACAUUACUUUUACUUUGACUUGGAUGAGACUGAGAGAGUGAACGUGAACAAGAUAAAAGACUUUGGCGAGGCCGCCAAGAGGGAGCUGAUGAUGGACAGACAUACGUUUGAGAUGGCCCGCCGUCUAUCACAUGACACCAUGGAGGAGAGGGUUCCCUGGAGCCCCCCUCGGCCCCUCACGUUAACGGGUAGCCUUGUGACACCCGGCGCCAACAGCACAGAGAAACUAACCCAGAGAGACCGCGAGAUGGGAAUACUGCAGGAGAUCUUCCUCAAUAAGGAGAGUGUUCCUGACAGUCCUCAUGAACCAGACCCAGAGCCAUAUGAACCCAUGCCCCCCCGCUUGAUCCCACUGGACGAGGACCUGUCGAUGAUGGAUGAUGGCUACGUGGAGCCGAUGGACUCGUCCUCACAUGGUGGCUCUAACCUGAUGCAGACUGAGAGCUCCAAGCUGCCCCCUGUCCUCGCCAAUCUCAUGAACCUGAACAGCAACAGAAGUCCUCAGACCAACCCCUCCAGUACGACCAACAACACCUCAACGACGCCAUCUGUCAAUGUGCAGGAGCUGCUCUCAUCCAUUAUGGGGGCGUCAGGCGCUCAGUCCACAGAGGAUCUAAUCAAACAGCCGGAUUUCUCUGAUAAAAUAAAACAGCUGCUGGGCUCACUGCAGCAAAGCCAGAACCAGAACCAGGCUGGACCCCCACCAGUGAACUCUGGUCUUCUAGGUCAUGGUCCCAACAUGAACAACAUGAACAUGAACAUGCAUAUGCAGAUGCCCAUGAACGGAGGCUACCCCCCCAACAACCCCCCUGGAGGACCCCGCUUCAAUCAUCCCCCACCCCCCCAUGGACACGGGCCCCCCUUUAACGCUGGAGGGCCCCGUAUGAUGGGGCCACCACCAGGCCAGGGCCGCGGAGACAACGGAAACUAUUGGGGUGAUGAGUCCAUGAGAGGAGGGCCACACAGAGGAGGGCACUUUCACAGAGGAGGGCGGGGCCGUGGAGGAGAGCCAGGCUUUAGGGGGCGGGGUAGGGGAGGGCCCCGAGGAGGACACAACAACAUGAACGACAUGUCCAAGAGGCCGGUGUGUCGCCACUUCAUGAUGAAGGGAAGCUGCCGCUACGAGAGUAACUGUGCUUUUUAUCACCCUGGAGUAAACGGACCCCCACUACCCCCCAACCAUCCCGCACACAACCAGCAUCCCCAGCAUGGACACUAGAGGGUGCUGGAGGCUGAUGAUAGUAGGGGUUGCUGCAGCAUGAGGACAGCAGCCAGCACUGUAGGCUUUGAGGAUCCUCUGUGGCAGGGUUUCAGACUAACUUAUGUACCAUCAUCCGAGUGCUUCAGAACAACAAAAAGCUUUGCUUAGAUGAACGGAUGUUUGUAUUGAUGUCUGGGUUUGAUAAUGGCACCACCACCAGCUGAAUGAGGGUCAGGUGAAUCUGUAUAAGCUACCUGCAACAGCAGUAAUAUAGGAGCAUUUAGUGUCAGAAAACAAAGAAAAUUUAAUCUCGGUCAAGUAUUUGUUCUUUUCUGAUUUUAUAAACAGAGCCAAACAGCCAUGCUCACUGACCAAAGAGCCCUACCUACUCUUUGUGUCAGAGCGAUGUUAGUAUUUACAGUGAUAGGCGACAUGCUGGAAUAGAUUGACUGGAUGUCACUUUAGCCCAGAUUAGCGUCUGUGUAUCGAGGACUCUACCUGCUGACGGUGCGUUUAAACUGAUAUCUCACAUGUCUUUAAUCUGGAUAAUUAAAAGACAUAGCGUGCUGUGGCUGUGCCUCGUGGUCAAAGUAGCCCCUGUGAGUACUAAAACUCCCCAUGGUGUGACUGAAAGGGACGUUGAUUGUAACCUCACUAAACCUUGAAGCGGCCAUAUCAGUUAACGAGGCAUUACUGACCAACAAACUCAGACAUCUCAAAAACAAACGGGGGGUGAAAAAGAUGGUCUGGAGCCCUACUUUUAGGACUUUGAUGUCACAGUGGUGUUACCCAUCAGAGGAGCUGAAUUUUUUUAAGCAUUUGAUGGUGAUGAGCUUGAACAGGAAGUGGUCAGUGAUGUCAUGUGGUCAUGAUUCUUCACUUGCAUCAUAAGCACUUUAUCCUGAGAUCACGGAGAGCUCACCUGUCCAGGUGUUACAGCAUUACACUGACUAAUGAAGAGGAACUUCCUGUCUGUUAGGGACAGCAGCUAGAACCAUUGAGCGUAUGUGUGUGAUUGAUAUGUCAGAACACUGGUUGUAUGUAAGAAGUGGGCGUGGCCUCAGUGACAUCCUUGUUUUCUUUUUUGUAUAAGAGUCUCUCUUCUACUCUAAAUGGAAUAUGAUUUACUAGAACAUCCUGGUGUUGCUGAAGAGGACUCAGAGGAGAAUCUGAGACCUUAAACUCAUUAGGAACGUUUACUGGGGAAUAAAUCAGCUGACAUGUAGACUCCUGUGGAAUCAGGCUGUGUUUACUGCCCCCUGCUGGACGCUAGAGAGGGAAGGUUUAAGGCUAAAUCAUGGAGGCUGUGCCCACAUCUUUACAGUCUCUGAUGACUGCCCUGAGUGUCCUGACAAUUAUGAUCAGGUGUCUGACUGUAUGUUUAUUUGAUGUAAAGGUGACUUUGUUUUCUGUGAAAACGUUGAGCUGCGUCUCUUUGGGACUUUAGUUACUGUCCUGUUUGACCUACAUGUUUUUUUUUAUUUGAUUGUGGAGCAUUCUGGGAGCGCCAGCCCUUUAAGAUGCUCCUUAACCUGUCAAUAUGAACUGUUAAACACAGAAACAUGUUUGUACAUAUUUCGUUUUUUUGUACACAGUGUCAUGAAUAAAUGUCAAAUCUAAGAAAAGA